AUGGAGUCUGUGACCCCAAUAAAUGCAAGUCCAGAAUUUCCUCCGAAAUCCGCGAAGAAAGUUUCCUUUUCCGAUGAGCUUCCUGAAGGCUCCAGCUCGAAUGAAAGCGAGAAAAAAGAAGAAAUCGAAGCGAAAGAAAAUGAAAAAUUAUCUCCGUUUGACUACGCGUUCCAACAAAACACGAAUUACUUGGAAAAAUUGCACGAAACUGAGGAUUCAACGUCGCGUCGCGGCUCCAACGAAACAAUUACCGUCGACGAAGUUGAUGACGCGGACAAAACGAGUGAUCCCGAAAUGGAAAUUAGUGAAAUUGAAAGUGAACGAAAAUUAUCAGUUUUUCCGAACGAACGAAAAUGGUCGAUUCAUUCGAAUCCCGAGACCCCAAAAGAAAAUCUUCAUUCAAUUUUAAAGUCUUCGGCAACGGAAAAUCCCGAUUUGUCUGUUGUCGUGGCAAGUGCAAGUGAAAUCGAAAGUGAACGUAUUUGUGAUGAAAAUACGCGAAAAAAUUCCAUGAUACAGGAUUCCGGGGAAAUGACGCAAGAAAAAAUCGAUAAAAUUAACAAAGAAAAGGAAUCCAUUCAAAAUUUAAAUAAUUUAAUUGUUGGCAUGGGAAUUGAAAUUCGCGACGACGAAAAAAAUGAGGCAGUGAAAUAUAGUGCGAUGGAGCUCGAGGUCCGACGGGAAAAAUUGCGAUGGUUGCUGAUUUCCGAAAUGAGCGCCUUGUUGGGCGAGGAUAAGCAUACGGCUGAUGGAUUUUACAAAACUUUCAUUAAUCAUAAAUUCCUGCAAAACUUAUUCCGUUUGUUCGACUUGGAAAGUCAGAAUUACCUCGCGCAAGACAAAUGGAUUGAACAUCUCAAGGGACGAUUAACCGACGAAAAACAAAUCGACUUUGCGGAGCAAAUUGAGUCAGUGGCGUACGUGUUAUGCGGCGAGGGACAAGUUACGUUCGACAAGUUUCAACAAAUUUGGUUGGCACGCGGAAUUAUCGACAAAUUCUAUCGUCUUAUCGAUGUCGAUGCAACAAAUCAGAUUUCAACGAAUCAGAUAAUGGAGUUUAUUUCGAAUUUGACGAAUGCGAGACCUCGAACGGGAUUCGAUAAGACGUCGUUGGAGCGAUUGGAAUCGCUUUUCCGCAAAACUGUCGGGAAUGAGAAGGAAAUUCGGCGAGAGGAAUUUAAGAAAAUUGUGACGUCGAAAAAUCCAUUUUUUACCGAACGAGUGUUUCAAAUUUUCGAUAAGGAUAAUUCUGGUUCAAUUUCGCUACAGGAAUUCAUUGACGCAAUUAACCAGUUUGCCGGACAAUCACCCGAGGAUAAAAUUAAAUUUUUGUUCAAAGUAUACGACUUGGAUGGCGAUGGUUUGAUUCAGCAUUUGGAGUUGCAACACGUAAUGCGAGCGUGUAUGGAAGAAAAUGGCAUGCAAUUUUCGGAAGAACAAAUUGAAGAUCUAACGAUGGCAAUGUUCGAAGAUGCUGAUCCAAACAGACGAGGAGCAAUUACUUAUGAAGCUCUGAAGAACCAACUCGAGAAACAUGGAGGAUUAUUGGAGAACUUAAGCAUCAGCAUUGACCGAUGGUUAGUACCGUUACCGCAAGAGGCGAUUACUGGCGUGAACAAAAGUGUCAAGAACAAGAGGAAUAAAUCUUUUGUGCAGACAGUGAAGGAAAAAUUGCCGUAUCAACUUACCGCGCCUUAUAUGAAGAAUAAUUAUGUGCUCGUUGUUUUCGUGGUGCUUUAUACGCUCAUCAAUGCCGGCUUGUUUAUCUCGCGAGGUAUUCAGUAUGCAAAUAAGGGUGCCAAUAUUUUUGUCAUUUUUGCACGAGCCUGUGGACAAUGUCUUAAUUUCAACUGUGCAUGGGUUUUGGUAUUGAUGUUACGUCACACGUUAACGUUUUUGAGAACGAGAGGAUUUGGUGUCAUUUUUCCCAUUGAUCAUCACAUUUAUUUGCACAAACUUACGGGGAUUCUCAUUGCAGCAUAUUCACUUUUUCAUACAAUCAUGCAUUUGAUCAAUUUUAGUUGUUAUGUUGUUCAUGAUCGCGAAGUUAACGCAAAUAAUUACACAACUGCCGAAUGGUUAUUCACAAGCAAACCCCAAAAAUUUGGACUCGUUCAUGGAUGGGCAAAUCCAACAGGAUUUCUCUUGUUUUUCAUCUUACUCAUCAUGUUCAUUUGUUCACAGCCUUUUGUGCGUCGCGGAGGAAGCUUUGAAAUUUUCUAUUGGACUCAUUUACUUUACGUGCCUUUUUGGAUUUGUGUCAUUUUGCAUGGUCCCGUUUUUUAUAAAUGGUUUUUUGUGCCGGGCAUCAUUUAUUUGAUCGAGCGCGUUAUUCGUCUAAUUUGGAUGAAAUCGAAACGCGGAAAAACUUACAUCUCAUCAGGACUUUUGUUGCCGUCAAAAGUGACACAUUUGGUCAUUAAACGUCCCAAUCAUUUCUGUUUCCGUCCCGGAGAUUACGUUUUCGUGAAUAUUCCUGCGAUUGCAAAGUACGAAUGGCAUCCUUUCACGUUGAGCAGUGCGCCGGAACAAGAAGACUACAUUUGGUUGCAUAUUCGAGGCGUUGGCGAAUGGACAAAUCGUCUUCACGAGUUCUUCGAAAAGGAACAGGAAAAGUUGCAUAAUGGCGAAAUUGAACCUGUUAUUGCGGGAACGAGCAAAUCUCAACCGACAGCACAAAUUAUUCAUGCGCAAGAGAAAAAGACGCCUUCUUUGACGAACACGCCAAAAAGUGCAUCUCUCGAUUCGCCAUUUUUGAGCAAUUCAGGAACAAAUUCAAGCGAUGAUUCGAUUUUACCUCGUCGAAUUCCGCCGGGAACGUCAAAACUUGCGAUGGAUAAUUCCGCGAAAAAGACAGAAACUGCGCCGACAGAAGGAAAUAACAAAACAAUCACGAAAAUUAGGGCUCAGAUACAGAGAACGUUCUCUCGAAGAGACACAAGCAAGAAUUUAAAUGGGCAAUCAAAUGAUGCUUUUGUCAAUGAUGAAGGAGGAAAAGGUCCCGGGCCGGAUAAAUUGCACAAAAUGUUGUUACAGAAGAAGGCUCCGUUGGAAAAGUCACUUUCGAUGCCCGAUAUGCAAGUGAAAAUUAAGAAAAGGGAACGAAUGAUGGUGCUUCGUGAGUACAUGAGAUCCGAAUCUGAACGUUCUUUCGACGAAACGCAAAUCAAAAAGGCUCGAAUGCAAAGUUUAGGAUUGGCUUAUUUGUCGCCGCAAAACAAAUCUUUAGCUCAAAGCUUCCGUUACAUGCGAAAUAAACCAACAAUUAUCGCAUUCAAGACUCCGAGCUUGGAAAAUUGUGAACCACGUGACUCUACAAAUUCAAUGGUAGUUUCUCCGGGCAUGUACACGGAAAAAGAAGCUGAAGAAGGAAAAAUUCGACGAGCAGCAAGUAAAUUUUCAUACGCCAACAUGGAUAUUCUCAAACCGCAUCCAACAGUAAAUUAUCCCGUUGGAAAACCUUUGGAAAUUUACAUUGAUGGUCCUUAUGGCGCUCCAUCGUCACACAUCUUCGUUGCACAACAUGCUGUCUUAAUUGGAACAGGAAUCGGCGUCACUCCCUUCGCUUCGAUCCUUCAAUCCAUCAUGCAUCGUUAUUGGAAGGCGCGUCAUACGUGCCCGCGUUGCAAUUUCGAAUGGGCAAGCGAAAUCCCGCCAACGAUCAUGAACUUGCGCAAAGUUGACUUUUUCUGGAUCAAUCGAGAUCAACGUUCGUUCGAAUGGUUCGUCAAUUUAUUGUCGCAGUUGGAGAUCGAACAAGCCGAAUUGGGAGGCGCCAUGGAACGAUUUUUGGAUAUGCAUAUGUACAUCACGAGUGCCCUGCAAAAAACCGACAUGAAAGCUGUUGGAUUGCAAUUAGCGCUUGAUUUGUUGCAUCAAAAGGAAAAACGAGAUUUGAUAACAGGAUUGAAGACGAGAACGAACGCUGGAAGACCGAAUUGGGACAAAGUUUUUAAGCAAAUUCAGGCACAGAAAAAGGGAAAAGUUACAGUAUUUUAUUGUGGACCGCCACAACUUGCCAAAACAUUGAGAUAUAAAUGUGAUCAGUUUGGUUUUGGGUUCAGAAAAGAAAAUUUUUAG